AUGUCUUCACCCGCUGUCUACGAUCUUACCAACGCUCCCAUCACAGCUCAUUCUUUCAACACGGACAAGUUGGUUGUCUGUGAGAACACCAAUGAUGCCAAAAUCUACCAAUAUGGCCAAUCCAACUCCAAGUUGGAAGCUACCUUGAAGGGACACGAUAAAGUCAUCACCAGCAUUGAUUUUGCUCCCAACACCAACCGUAUUGUCACUUGUUCCCAAGACAGAAACGCCUAUGUUUGGACCAACGAAGGUGGCAUUUGGAAGCCUGGACUUGUGUUGUUGCGUAUCAACCGUGCCGCCACUUUUGUUCGCUGGUCUCCUAAUGAAGAAAAGUUUGCUGUUGCUAGUGGUGCCCGCUGUAUUGCUGUCUGUUACUUUGAGGAGGACAAUGACUGGUGGGGUAGUAAGCACUUGAAGAAGCCUAUUCGCAGUACGGUCUUGUCCAUCGACUGGCAUCCCAACAAUGUCUUGUUGGCUGCUGGUUCCGCUGAUAUGAAGGCUCGUGUCUUUUCAUCUUUCAUCAAGGGCCUCGAUAAGAAACCUGCUCCUACCGGUUGGGGCGACAAGUUGCCCUUCAACACGCUAUGUGGUGAGUUCAGUAGUGGCCGUGGUGGAUGGGUUCAUUCUGUUGCAUUCUCUCCCUCUGGUGACGCUCUUGCCUUUGCAGGCCAUGAUUCCUCUGUCAAUCUCGUUUAUCCUCAAGCUGACGGUAACCACACUUUCUUGUCUAUCACUGCCAACACACUGCCCUUCCGAUCUCUGAUCUGGACGAAUGAGCAGCAAAUUGUCGCAGCUGGUUUCGACUGUGCUCCUAUUCUCUACGAGACCAAGGACGGACCUCAAGGAUGGCAUUAUGCUGGCUCCCUUGAUGUAGGUCGCAAGAAGAUCUCACAUACCGCCUCGGUUUUGUCUCGUUUCAAGACCAUGGAUUCUCGUGGUGAAGCAGAAAACGAUACCACUUUGAACACUGUUCAUCAAAACACCAUCAAUGAAAUCCGUGUCUAUGCUGGUGAACGUGACAAUGUCACCAAAUUCUCCACCUGUGGUGUAGAUGGCAAGGUUGUCAUCUGGGAUUUCGAGCCUAGUCAACUCGUAGCCGAUCUUUCCAGUCUUAAAAUUUAA